AUGACAAUUUUACAAUUGCAAAUUCAAUGAGUAUUUUUUUAUUUUCUAGUCCUACUUAUCUGUUAUAAACCGAUUCAUGCAGUUGGUGGAAUCGCUGGUUUAAAGGAGCUUACGGGUGAUACACCAUAUUUUGGUUUUGGUAAUCGAUGGGACUCUCCACCACGUGUCCUUGACGCUGGAGCUCAUUCAUUUCCGCUCUAUCACGGGGCGCCCAGCUACUAUCCAGGAACACCGAGCAUGUUUGGAGGAAUGGGACCUUUCCCUGGUAAUAUUUACUAUGGCUCUACUACACAAAUGUCCUAUGGACCCGUUCUUGGCCCUGGUAAUUUUGCACGAAGUGCUGGACCUUCCUUUGUAGCGAGACGACCGCAACCGUACCUAGGUGGAGGAGAAGGAAAGUACUAUACUGGCAAAGGAAAUGCUUACAUAAAUUAG